ACUGAGGGAAUUGUGAACCCACGCCACUCUUUCUACCUCUUCCUGGAUCACUUGGUUUAUUGUAGCGAAUAUGUUGUCUGGUGUUCAGUGACUACGUUAAAAAGAAAAUAUUUAUAAAAAUAACUAACUAACGAGAUUACUGUUGGUAAAUACGUUAUUUUGCUGUCUGUGCAGUUUGACAAGGUAUUUGUAGAAGGAAGCUGAACGAACCACAAUUUAAGUAGACAAGUGAACGGGUUAAAUAUCAUGUCUGCUGACAGAAACACAUUUGAAAACGUGAAAGCAGUUAUUUUAUCAGCUCAUAAAGGCGCCACAUCAAAAGAAAAGGUCAGCUUCUACAACACCUGGGCAGAUAAUUAUGAUCAGGAUGUGGCUGUCUUGGACUAUCGUGCACCACGUCUGGCAGCAGAUCGCAUCUCAUCUUGUUUCAGUGGAGUGAGAGAAGAAGCUACCGUGUUGGAUGUGGCCUGUGGGACAGGACUGGUGGCUAAACAGAUGAAAAAACAUGGAUUUAGACAUUUUGUGGGUGUUGAUGGAAGUGAGGCCAUGCUGGAAAAGGCCAGGGAGAGUGGGCUGUACCAGGAACUGAAGCAGUCCAUGCUGGGGGAGGAUUCAUUAUCUGAAGUGUGGGGUAAUUAAAUCUACAUUAGCUUUUCUGUGUCAUCAAUUAAUUUGCACAUCAUACACUGUAUUUUUGACUGUUUCAAAUCGAAUGAUCUUAUUGAAUGCUUUUUUUAAAUUAUUGGUAUUACCAAUCAUUUUAUGAAUGAUAAUCACUGACUUUUGACUGAAGCCAUUUAUCUCCUUCUCACCUGCAGCAGGUUCCUUGAUGUGGUUCUGAUAGUGGGAGCACUAAGUGUUGGCCAGGUCUCCAUUAAUGUGAUCAGAGAACUCUGCAAUGUCACCAAAUCAGGUGGCUGUGUUUGCAUGACGACUAGAAGUAACCAUGACAACUUGGAAUAUAAAGCUGCUCUUGAGCAUGAGCUGAAGCAGAUGGAGGAAGAAGGACUCUGGACUUGUUUAGAGGUUACAGAGGUGCAAGACUGGGAGAGGGCUGUGACAGAGCAGGAGGAUGGAUACAUAUCUGGAGCUGUUUACAUCUAUAAGAAACUCUUAACACUACCAGGAAGUAGGCAAAAACACUGUUUAAG